AUCAGUUAGCCCGACCGAAACUGAACCAUUUCGAGUUGAAUAAACCCGACCACAAAUCCAAUCGAAAGCGAGAGGCCCCCGAUCUGAACUCUAUAUAAUCGCCCAAGGCUAUAUGGCAGAUCUAACUGAGGCAAGUUUAGAGUGACACCUGUUGCGGUCACAGUAACAUUCGCCUACAGUGUCAGAAAUAGUACCUAUUUUGCCAAUCAAAUAUAACACUGAAAAUGGUUUGCGGACGAAAGUGCUCGAUGAUGUGCCUAUUUGUUAGUGUUUGGGGUUUUCUAAUGCUAAACAUUUUGGGCGUACUGUUCUACAUUAGAUCCCUGGACAUGCUGCGCGAUAUCCACUUUGAUCACAAAUUCGAGUGGGAGACGGUGGAGCAGUUCAGGGAGGAGGCCGACAAGGGAUUCCAGAAGAAUGCCAUCCGAUGCUUUAUCACAGCCACUGUUUAUCUGUUCUUCAUAAUCCUCUCGAUAUAUGCCAUUCGACGGGACAACAAGCGGAGGAAGCGGCUCUAUAAGCGGCUCCAGAAGGAGAAGGAGAAGGAGUACAACGGAUAGGCUUUCUACAAUGUGUUUUCUAUUUGUUAUAGAUUCUAUAUAGAUGUAUAGAAAUAUAUAAAUUUACGAAGUAUGAGUCGAA